AUGAGAUCAGACUUGAUCACCAUCAAAUCACAUAAACACAGAAUGGCAUUUAGAAAUAGAACACCAGCCUUUUUAGAGCUUAGAUCUCAAUCAAAGAAUCAUAGACCAUAUAAUACAAAGAAAGAUACAACUUCGACAAUACCUUUGAUCGGUGUCGAUGAUCCAAACGCAGUUCAAUUAGAAACACUUAAUGUCCUACCGAAAUGGAUCAGAAUCAAUGAUAUUGAUAUUAAAUUAAGAAUUAUAGCUGAAAGAGUUGAGAAACUAGGUAAACUACAUACAAGAAAUUUAGAAACAUUCGAGAGUAACACUGAAGAUGAAAGAGAAAUAGAGAUUUUAACAAAAGAAAUUGCGAUGGUAAGAUAUCAUUAG